CGCGCCGGCGAGCCCAGUCCCGAGCCGGAAUCGGACCUCAAUGACGAUCAAUUACUAUCACUUGAAGAAAGUUUCAACUUCAGUGAUACUCUGGUGGCUCUUCACAUGAUGCGUGCUCACUUUCCCCGUAUUGAUAAGUUAUUGUGGAGGAAGCAAAAAUGAUUCAUGUGCCAUAUUGCAUAGAGCAAGUCCUCUGUAGGCAAAGUAUGAGGGUUUCAGUUCAGCCUUUCAUCUUGUGGUCACAGUUAUACAGCAGUGUAAAGGACCGGACACAAGUGGACAGAGAGUUGGAGUCUCUAAGGAGGGAAGGAGUUCUACGUACUUUCAAAUUGAGUACUGGACAGGAUGAUCAUGCUAUAAUGUUUUUGGACGACUACCUUAGUCAGAUUGAACGUGUCAGCAAAAGAUUGGAAACACAGAAACAAGAAGGCCUUUCUGUUUUUGAAUGGUUCAAGGAGCAUGUAAUUCAUUCAAAGCUAGAUCCCAGUAUUGGACAUGAAGAACUUCGUUCACUUCUGUCGUUGGGAGGCAAGGUGAAGGAGGAACACAUCUCCCUCUUAAUAAAUGCUGGACUUCUGACUCGACAACUUAUUGAUCCGAACAUGUACUGGUUUGCGAUUCCAAAUAUUGGAUCAAUUCUCAAGGGCCUCUCACAGGGAAGAGAGGAGCUUAUGUCUUUUCUCAACCGUCGUAAGUACAAAGAGAUGCCAAUGGCUGCUCUGGAAAAGAAGUGCCUUCGACUCUCUCCACUAGAUAUGAGAUUUCAUCUCAGAGAUUUGCUAGGAUCCGGCCAUCUCAAAACUGUCGAGGGCCCCACAGGUUUAGUUGUUAAGAUUGUGAAGGAUUAAAUCAACUUUAUUCUGAUUUGACAAUUAACAAGUGCUCAAAUUGAUAACAUUUUAUGUGUUCGAACUUACAUACACCUUCAAUGUGCAAUAGUUGAACAAUUCAUAAUUUUCUCUU